CUUUCUUCCUCUUCAUUGCAAAACCAUUGCUACAGCAUCGGAAAUGGACCCUGGAGCGCUGGCGCGCGAAGCUGCAGCCCGAAAUGGGCUCGAUCCCGCAAAGUUGCCUCCUAUUAUCGACAUGAACUCGGAGAACAUCACGGAGAAUGUACACAUAGCCAACUCGAACUGUCCCGACGAGCGUACGAAGUUUAUCUUCGAACGACUGAUCACCCAUAUACAUGACUUCGUUCGGGAAACCUCUUUGACUACGAAGGAGUGGGAGACGGCGAUAGAAUUCUUGACAAAAACCGGGAAGAUGUGUUCGGACAUCCGGCAAGAGUUCAUCCUGCUUUCCGACACGUUGGGAGUCUCCACAUUGGUCGAUGCUAUCAACAAUGCCAAGCCGCCUGGUGCAACGGAAGGAACGGUCCUCGGUCCUUUCCUGACUGCUGAUGCCAAAAACCUUGAAGAAGGAGAGUCUAUCGCCACAGAAGGCAAAGGACACUACAUGUACGUCGAAGGACGUGUCCUCGAUACGAAAGGAAACCCCGUGCCAGGAGCGGUAAUCGAGACUUGGGAAACGGAUGGUUUCGGGCACUACGACGUUCAAUAUGAGAAUCGAGAGGAACCGGACUGCCGUGGCCGUUUCCGGUCCAAGGACGAUGGGUCUUUCUCCUACAGGGCUGUUGUGCCCGUGCCAUAUAGCAUUCCAGAUGAUGGACCAGUCGCCGACAUGGUCAGGGCGUUGGGACGACAUACCGUUCGCCCAGCCCACUUGCAUGUCCGAAUCGACGCUCCCGGAUUUGAGAACCUGACAACAGCAUUAUACUUCGAAGGCGACCCUUAUGUUACCAGCGACGUCGUGUUCGGGGUCAAGUCUUCUCUGAUCAUGAAAACGGAGAUCAUCAACGAUCCGGAACUCAGCAAAGCGCGCGGCUUCCCAGACCCGUCGAAGCCGCAUGUCUAUCUGAAGAGAAACUUUGUGAUCCUCACGCCUGAGGAAGCGGGUGCCGCACGCGAAGCGCUGCGUCUAAAGCAAACUGGUACUCCCUCUUCAACUGCCAAGUUGUGA